AUAACAACAGAAGCUGCUGCAGCUCUCUGACUAAACUCUUAUCAAGCUCCGGCUUCCCGCACAGCUCAUGAAAUGGGAGUACAGUUAGGCAGCGAACAUCACUCUUGAACUGACACACUUUUUAUGCCACAAAAUGGAAUUCUUGCUGCAGGUGAAAAUAGGCGCUCUGAUCGGUUUGUUGCUCUUAACUCUUCUUUUUGGAUUUAUCCCCGCUCGAGUCAAAUGGUUCAGAGACACAAACGGGACAGACACCCACCGCACAGUUCUGAGUCUGAUCAGCUGCUUUGCCGGCGGGGUUUUCCUGGCAGCAUGUCUUCUCGACAUCAUUCCAGAUUAUCUGUCAGACAUAAAUGCUGAGCUGGAUGCUCGGUUGGUGGAGACCAGUUUCCCUCUUCCAGAGUUCAUCAUGGCGGCCGGCUUCUUCAUGGUCCUCAUACUGGAGAGGAUUGUCCUGAACUGUCGGGAGAUGCGAGGGGCUCAGGAGGAGAGGGCGCCCCUCAUACCGGACAACAGAAACCGGCACGGCCACGGACACGGCCAUGGAAGAAGCCCUGAUCUGGAGGGCAGCGGUCACCACGUCCAUGUUGACUUUCAGGCUCACUCCCCCUUCCGCUCCUUCAUGCUCUUCCUCACCCUCUCGCUCCACUCGGUUUUUGAGGGUCUUGCCAUCGGUCUGCAGAGCACGGACUCGAAGGUAUUGGAGAUCUGCAUCGCCAUUCUUGUCCACAAAAGCAUCAUAGUGUUCAGCCUGUCGGUGAAGCUGGUCCAGAGCGCCGUCCGUCCGUUGUGGGUGGCUGCUUACAUCGGAGUCUUCGCCAUGAUGUCGCCGAUAGGCAUCGCCGUUGGCAUCAGCGUGAUGGAGGCUCGGCUAGCGGCCGGGACGCUGAUCCAGGCCGUGCUGGAGGGGCUCGCCGCGGGGACGUUUAUUUACAUCACCUUUCUGGAGAUCCUCCCGCAUGAGCUCAACUCCCCCGGGAAGCAGCUCCUCAAGGUGCUCUUCAUCCUGCUGGGCUUCAGCAUCAUGGCAGCUCUGACGUUUUUGGGCUGAGACGGAGACCAGCCGUCGGGACUUAACCCGGACGCUCUGUGGCAAACACUGCAGCUCACACAAACUUUACUUUUGUACUGAAAGACAAAGUUUCUUCAUUACAAAAGAACUCUGGAGCUUUUAAUGUCCACGGGAGCAUGACAACAGAUAUUGAUGUUGUAUUACUUUUAUUAUAGUUUUUAAAAAAUUCACAAAGGAGGAGUCGGGGCCGUUUAUGUUGAUAUCAUUUCUUUUCAAGAGGUGUUUAUGUAAAGAGGAACCACUUCCUGCAAUGAUAAGUUUGUUGAAAAGCUGAGAGAGGCACAGAGGAAAGAAGUAGCAUUUCACAGAGUCCCCUCAUUUAUCACUUGCCUUGUUUUGAGACAUGCUUUGGACAAACUAAAAAAGAGCCUAUAACCUUUGACACUAUUGAGGAAUCUACUGUAAACAAAGGUUCAUGUUGGACGUAUAAUGAAUUCAAUCGGGUCAGAAAAUCAGUCCCACCAGAUCUUUAAUGUUUACAUUUUACUUGAAACUAAUUCCAACUGGAAGCAUCUUCUUUCCAUAAAGCACUGUUGGUGCGUUUUGUUGAAGUGUUUCUUUGCAGCUGGUUUGUAACUUCAUGGUGUUUCCUCUGACCAAAGUGUAUUUAGUAAACCAUGGUAUUUUAGUGCACUGCUUUAAGAUGUAGAAGAAGUUGCUAUUACUUCUCGAAUAUCAACAUGUAAUAUAUUUGUCCAGUAAACUAGUGUAUUGUAAACUGACUUCCUGAUGCCUUGAGAGGUUAUAUACCCCAAAAACAGAGAAGAGAUGCAAUGAUGAAGAAAAUAUGUGGGAUUUAUUUUUAUACUGUUUGCAAUUCCCCUAUCACAAAUCAGUUUUUUAUCUUUAGGCUAAGAUGUAAUCGGCUUUUAACAAUUAUUUAAACAAGCUGAUCCCAGUCAUUUACAUUAUUUUGACCUUUGUCCCAGUUUAGUCCAUUUAGUUUAGCUUUGUCCAUUUAGUCUGUAACUACAAACAGAAUGCUGCUUUAUUAAAACACUUUUGAUAUGUAGAGUGCUUUUAGUUCUCUAUUUUGCUUGUGGACAAAUAAGGAAGCUUUAAAUAUCAGCACAAAGAGAAGCGAAGAUAAAGAAUUGAUUUUGCAAACUCGUGAUUCAUCGUAUUUCCCUUGUGCACAUACUUGUAUUUGUGUCUAGGAAUCAAACCAAGCAGGACACCACAGUACUUCACAUUACAUUACUUUAAUUCAGCAUGCUGACACUCAAAGUGUAUGAAGUCCAUGUAUGUAAUUAUGAACUGUCUCUGUUUAGUCACAAGACCAUCACAGUCAUGGGAUGGUCAGAUGCUAGAACAAAUAGGAGGAAGGUGUGGGUUGGUUGUCACAAAAACUUACACAGCAAAAAUACCUCACAUCAGUGUGCUUUUUGCCAGAAUGCAUAAUGUGUAAAAAGAAUCAUUUGUCAUCAAACAUCGACUGUCAAGUAGACCUACAUGUAUUGUUUUGUGCCUUAUCUUUUAUCUUAUAUAUCUUAUAUUUUGUGUUAAUCUCAUGAGAGAAACAACUUUGUUGUCUGUUAUGUAAACUUGAUCAGAGUAAAGAUAAAGGAGGAAUUGUCUGCAUGUUUGUUUUCCGUGUGCAAAAGUUGCUUAUAAUUAAUAUGGACAUUAUUUUCAUAUAUCUUCAAUUUAAUCAAAUCACUCUUUCAGGGAUAAUAUUUACAUAUUUUAAGUAUGUU